AUGCUCUUCUGCCCUACAUGUGCCAACAUUCUUGUUAUUUCAUCUGAGACAGGGUACAAUAAAUGGUCCUGCAAUACCUGCCCUUAUGAAUUUCCGAUCACGAAGCAGAUGACUUCACGAACAAAGCUCGAACGAAAGACUGUAGAUGAUGUAUUAGGUGGAGACGAGAUGUGGAAGCAUGCUGAUUCGACCCUGGCUUCUUGCGAAAAAUGUAAUAACAACAAGGCCUAUUUCUAUCAGCUACAAAUUCGAUCUGCGGACGAACCUAUGACAACUUGUGCGCUCUGUACUUCGUGCGCGCAUCGUUGGAGGGAAAAUUAA